AUGAAUGCUCCGCCAGCUUUUGAGUCGUUCCUGCUCUUUGACGGUGAGAAAAAGGUGAGCAUCGAAAGGGACCGGAAGGUGCCGAAUGCCGCAAUCUUUACAAUUAACAAGGAAGAUCAUACGCUGGCCAACAUGAUCAGAGCCCAACUUCUGAAGGAUCCUUGCGUCGUAUUUGCUGGAUACAAGCUACCCCACCCCCUGGAACACAAGUUCGUCAUUAGGGUGCAGACCACACCGGACAGCUCGCCUCAAGAGGCGUUUUCCAAUGCCAUCACCGAUCUUAUCAGUGAGCUAUCUCUUCUGGAAGAACGGUUCAAGGAAGCCAUCUUCGCUGCGCGGGAUGCUGCGCUAAUUGACUGA